AUGUCAUCACAACAACUGAAGAGUGCUUGGCUGUGGCCGCUUCUAGUCGUGCUUUUGAAGCUGUGCCUCACUUUUGCUGAUCCUCUGCGGCCACUCAACGGGAGCGAAUGCGCAGCCAAAGGCCCUGCUUCCUACAUUGUGGUAUUUACGGGCCACUGGAGUCCACAGGCCUUCCCAAAGCAGUAUCCAUUGUUCAGGCCUCCUGCACAGUGGUCCAAACUCAUAGCGGUGAGCCAUAAUCGCCAUUUUCGGCUCUGGGAGGAGGGCGCUAAGGCCAGCGAAGGGGUGCAGAACUUUGCCGAAGUUGGCGUGACGGUGGAGCUGAUGAAGUCGGCCAAAGAGGCAAGGAGGAGACGCUCGGUCGGCACCAUGUACCGGACGGCCGGCAUCCCAAACGGAAUCGGGCACAGCUCCACAGAGUUGCUCAUGCUUCCCAGGAACUCACUGCUGUCUCUGAUGGUGAAGAUGAUCCCCAGCCCUGACUGGUUUGUCGGCGUGGACAGCCUAAACCUUUGCGAGGGCGGUCACUGGAAACAGGACGUGACCAUUGACCUGCAACCUUAUGACGCCGGGACCGACAGCGGGUUCACUUUCUCCUCCCCUAACUUUCCCACCAGUCCUCCAGAAAACAUCUCAAAGAUCACCUCUCAGAUGCCAAACCACCCCGCCAACUCCUUCUACUAUCCACGCCUGAAUGAACUUCCACCCAUUGCCAGCAUAAAGAUCACGCGGCAGAGCAGAUCUCUUCACCGCCAAGUACCCAUGUCCAAUCACAUCCUCCCAAACUCCAUCACUCCCCGGAGAUUCUCAGGCGGCGUCCGCCAUCGCACACGCUACAUCCUUCUACGGCCGGCCAAUGCUGGCGAUCCUUGCCCUGAGCUGGAGGAACAAGCGGAGUGCAUACCGCACAGUUGCGUGAAGAAGCGCCACUAA